AUGGCGCGGUGCUGGCGAUCCAAACCGGUGAUUCUCGUGCUUUUCAUACAGCUCUGCUUUUCUCUUAUCUAUUCGUCGCUCGCAAUUUCUCCCGGGUCUGCUGAUGGGUACACCAUCCAUGGUCGAGUGAAGAUCCACAGUAUGGGGGCGAAAGGGUAUGGCCUUUACCAAAAAACAUCAAAUGUCAAAGUCAUACUAAAUGCUGGUCAAAGUGUUACCUUUCUGAGGCCUGAUGGAUUUUUUUCAUUCCAUAAUGUGCCUGCGGGGACUCAUCUGAUUGAAGUGACUGCAAUAGGCUAUUUCUUUUCUCCGGUCCGAGUCGAUGUUAGUGCCAGAAACCCGGGCAAGGUUCAGGCAGCGCUGACUGAAAAUAGGAGGGGCCUAAAUGAGUUUGUUUUAGAGCCAUUGAGAGAGGAACAGUAUUAUGAGAUAAGGGAACCCUUCUCCAUAAUGUCUCUUGUAAAGAGCCCAAUGGGUCUGAUGGUUGGAUUUAUGGUAAUUGUUGUGUUUUUGAUGCCGAAGUUAGUGGAGAACAUGGAUCCUGAAGAAAUGAGGCGGACACAAGAAGAAAUGAGAAACCAAGGGGUUCCAUCACUAGCGAACUUGUUACCUGGUGCUGCGAGGAGUUAA